GUCCUCUCGUUUUCCUCUAUUCCAUUAACCGCUUCACUCUUUUAGCGGGCAUUCGUUUCCUACGCCAACUACAAACUCUUGCAUUUACGUACAGUACUUGAAUUUUCGGAGCUUUUUUCAACAUGAAGGGAGGACUUGCUGCUGCCGCCGUUGCGGCCAUGGCCACUGGUGCUCAGGCCGCUUACCCUCACCACCGCCGGGCUCAUGAGAUGUUCCGACGUGGUGGAGAGGUCUGCGUUCCUACCUGCACCACCAUCUGGACUACCUACUAUGGCGAGCCCACUCUUGUCCCCAACCCUCCUUCUGCCCCCAAGCCCACCAAGGAGGCUGUCACCACUCAUGAGGCCGUCAAGCCCAAGCCCACCACCGUUCAUGAGGUUCCUACCUAUGAGGCUCCCAAGCCCGUUGCUCCCACCACCACCAAGGUCGUCCCGGUCAUCCCCGUCCCGACUCCGGAGGAGUACAAGUGCCCUACUCCCGGCACUUACACUUUCCCUGCCACCACCAUGACCGUGACUGAGUCCACCACCGUCUGCGUUGGCGAGACCACCAAGGUCCCAGCUGGAACCCACACCAUGGGAGGUGUCACUACCAUCGUUGAGACUGCAACCACCGUCACUUGCCCUUACGCCAAGGAGACCGAGCACGAGGGUGUCGUUACCAGUGUCAUUGAGACCACCACCUAUGUCUGCCCAUCUGCUGGCACUUACACCAUUGCUCCUAUCACCAAGACCUGCGAGGAGGAGACCGUCAUCGUCUACCCUGUCCCUACCAGCUACGCUCCUGGUACUUACACCGCUCCCGAGCAGGUUGUUACUGUCACCGAGACCGACUACGUCUACGUCUGCCCUUACUCUCAGUCUGGUGUUCCCGCCACCACCAAGGCUCCCGAGGCCCCCAAGCCCCAGCCUCCCAAGGAGACCAAGCCUGUCUACGAGGCUCCCAAGCCCCAGCCGGAGGUCACCAAGCAGGAGCAGCCUACCAAGCCUGUUUAUGAGGUUCCCAGCAAGGUCCCCGAGACUUCCAAGGCGCCUGUUUACUCUGUCCCCGAGACUCCUGCUUCCACCAAGCCCGUCUAUGAGAAGCCCUCCGAGGCUCCCAAGCCCAAGGCCCCCAAGAAGCCUUCCAGCCCCGGCAACCUGAAGGGUGGAAACGACCACUACGGUAUUACCUACACCCCCUACGUCGCCUCUACCGGCAAAUGCAAGGGUGCCGACCAGGUUGACAAGGACAUUGCUGCCCUCAAGCAGGCUGGUUUCCAGAUCAUCCGAUCUUACUCUACUGACUGCGAUACCCUCGAGACUGUUGCUCCCGCCUGUAAGAAGCACGGCAUUGACAUGAUCGUUGGUGUUUUCGUCAAGGCCUCUGGCUGCACUUACGAAACCCCCGAGAUCAAGGCUCAGGUCGACGCCUACGCCGAGUGGGCUCAGUGGGAUCAGGUCAAGCUCUUCACCGUUGGUAACGAGGCUAUUAUGAACAAGUUCUGUUCUCCCCAGCAGCUCAAGGAGCUCGUCACUGUCGUCAAGGAGAAGUGCUCUGGUUACACCGGUCCUUACACCAUCGCCGAGACCCUCGACAUCUGGGAGCGUGAGGAUGUUCAGGGUGCUAUCUGCGAUAUUGUUGAUGUCACCGGUGCCAACAUCCACCCUUACUUCAACCCCAACACCACCCCUGACAUGGCUGGUGAGUUCGUCGCUGGUCAACUUGAGAUCCUCCGUGGUAUCUGCAAGGGCAACGAUGUCAUCAACCUGGAGUGUGGUUGGCCCUCAAGCGGUAACUGCAACGGUGUUGCCUGCCCUGGCAAGUCUGAGCAGGCCAAGGCUAUCAAGUCCAUCCGUGAGAGCUGUGGUGACAAGACCGUCUUCUUCUCCUUCGAGGAUGAUCUCUGGAAGGAGCCUGGUUCUUGCAACUGUGAGCGAAGCUGGGGUUGCGCCUCUUCUUUCACUGGCUACUAAGCAGUUCUGGAGACUCCAGUUCUGAUUGCAGCGUGCCCAAGCGUCCCCUGUACGAUUCAACCCUCGGAGCAUGCUGAAUGUUGUACAUAAUCAUGACCAACACCGCCCGGCCAUUCACUUCUUCUUUCUUCCUCGUGCAACCCUCUUCUCUUUUUCUCGCCAUCGUCCAUGCGGUGAUU